CACACCAUGGGUGGUAUGACUGGAUUCCAUAUGCAAACAGAACAUAGGACCAUGAAGAGCGUUAAUGACCAACCAUCUGGAAAUCUUGCAUUCCUAAAACCAGAUGAUAUUCAAUACUUUGAUAAACUACUGGUUGAUGUUGAUGAAUCAACACUUAGUCCAGAAGAGCAGAAAGAAAGAAAAAUAAUGAAAUUGCUCUUGAAAAUAAAGAAUGGUACACCUCCAAUGAGAAAAGUAAGAUAUGGACUUACUGAUGUGGUCUGA